AGGAUGAAUAUAGGCCUGAGAGUUUUCCUUGUGAUAGCAGAUAGUUUGCAGCAGAAAGAUGGCGAACCACCAAUGCCAACCACAGGAGUUGUUCUUCCCUCAGGAAAUACUCUCCGUGUGAAGAAAAUUUUUCUUAAUAAAACACUGACAGAUGAGGAAGCAAAAGUUAUAGGGAUGUCCAUAUACUAUCCUCAAGUCAGAAAAGCACUAGACAGCAUUCUUAGGCAUUUGGACAAAGAAGUUGGAAGACCAAUGUGCAUGACUAGUGUGCAGAUGUCCAAUAAAGAACCUGAAGACAUGAUUACGGGUGAAAGAAAACCUAAGAUAGAUUUGUUCAGAACUUGCAUUGCUGCUAUCCCAAGACUGAUUCCAGAUGGCAUGAGCAGGACUGACCUCAUUGAAUUACUUGCAAG